UUGAGGUCUGCCGAGGUGAAAUCUCCAUUUUAUGAAAUCCCGGGGGAUCUCUUUUCUCUUAAUGAUAGGGGCGGGGCGGUGAACGGGUUCGAAGACGAGAGAAAUCGGUCUAUUACGUCGGGUUUUUAUUAUCGGUUGUGUUGCAACAGAUUUGUAGGCGACAUACGCACUUGGUUUGGGAUCCGUGUUUUUAAAUAACAUGGGUAAUUGCCACACAGUUGGACCAAAUGAGGCCCUUGUGGUUUCAGGUGGUUGCUGUGGCUCCGAUGAGAAGACCUACGUGGUGGGAGGCUGGUCCUGGGCCUGGUGGCUCAUCUCAGACAUCCAGAGGAUGUCUCUGGAGAUAAUGACCAUCCUCUGUCGCUGUGAGAAUAUCGAAACCUUGGAGGGUGUCCCCCUGGAUGUGACAGGGGUGGCUCAGGUGAAGGUGAUGGUAGACAAUGAGCUGCUGGGCUAUGCCUGUGAACAGUUCCUGGGGAAAUCUGUGAUGGAGAUAAAGAGUGUCAUUCUGCAGACCCUGGAGGGUCAUUUACGGUCUAUUCUCGGUACUCUGACGGUGGAGCAGAUCUACCAGGACAGAGACAGAUUUGCUGCUCUGGUGAGAGAGGUGGCAGCGCCCGACGUGGGCCGCAUGGGCAUCGAGAUCCUCAGCUUCACCAUCAAGGAUGUUUAUGAUAAAGUGGAGUACCUGAGUUCCUUGGGCAAGAGUCAGACAGCUGCAGUACAGCGAGACGCAGAUAUCGGAGUGGCCGAGGCAGAGAGAGACGCAGGAAUCAGGGAAGCAGAAUGUAAGAAAGAGAUGAUGGACAUCAAGUUCCAAGCAGAUACCAAGAUGGCCGAUUCUAAGAGAGGGUUGGAGAUGCAGAAGGCUGCUUUCAAUCAAGAAGUCAACACAAAGAAAGCAGAGGCCCAGCUGGCCUACGAGCUGCAGGCUGCCAAGGAGCAGCAGAAGAUCCGUCUGGAGGAGAUCGAGAUCGAGGUGGUUCAGAGGAAGAAGCAGAUCACCAUUGAGGAGAAGGAGAUUGACCGCACUGAGAAGGAGCUGAUCGCCACGGUCAAGAGGCCGGCCGAGUCUGAGGCCUACAAGAUGCAACAGCUGGCCGAGGGACAGAAGAUGAAGAAGGUGCUGACGGCCCAAGCGGAGGCAGAGAAAAUCCGUCGUAUCGGAGAGGCAGAGGCCGGUUCCAUAGAGGCUAUAGGGAAGGCUGAGGCUGAAAAGAUGAGGCUGAAGGCUGAGGCCUACCAGCAUUAUGGAGAGGCUGCCAAGACUGCUCUUGUCCUAGAGGCCCUGCCUAAGAUUGCUGGCAAGGUGGCAGCACCCCUGGCCCAGACUAAUGAGAUUGUCAUCCUGAGCGGGGAUGGUAGUCGUGUGACCGGCGAGGUUAACCGCCUAUUGGCUGAGCUCCCCGUGUCCGUCAACGCUCUCACAGGGGUGGACCUGAUGAAGAUCCCUUUUCUUCAGAAGAUGACCAACCCUCAAGCAUGAAAAUAAUCCAAUGCCCCCUGACUCCAAUACAUCUCUCUUAUGCGCUCUUUAAAUCAACAGGAAACACUUGAAUACAAGAGUUGUUUUUUUACUACGAAAGAGUAGUCGUUCUCAUUUCCUAGACCCCUGGUGCCUUGGCUCCUAUAGGACCAGAUCAUCUGCAUGGGCCACUGAAUGUUUUUCUUUUAAAGAACAAAAAAAGCAACCGUUCAUUUUAUAUUUUGUUUUUAAGAAGUUACCCCCAUUGUGUUGUACUUACACUCGUCUACAUUAUAGAAAAGGGGCAUUCAUCCUGCUUUUUCUGGUCUGAAAGGUCUCGCCUUGUGUCUUUGUAGUUUUUUUCAUUGUGUUACAAUUAGUACCUUGGAUAUGCCCAUGGUUUUUUACAGUUACUUGUGCAAGUGUUAAGUAUUUCGUCACCCAUUUUUACUGUUUCAUUCUUAUGUGCCUGUUAACCAACCAAGUGGCCAAACCUCAGGAAAAGUAAUGGUUUGGCAAUUCAAAACGUUUAGUGAUACUACAGUGAAAUUCAAUGAGAGAUGUAGAAAUGUACUCCCCCAUCCUCAUAUCAUUUGCCUUUUUCUUUACUAGAAUCUUCACUUCAUUCUUCAUCUUGGGUUUGGGAGAGGUGUUUCUUCUUAGGACAAGACAUGCAAGACACAGAAAUUAUACAGAUGAACACGUGUGCAUCGAUCUUCAUGUCUGUAUGAAGCCAUAUACUUUCAAGAUUAGCCUUAAUAUAGAGACCCGGGAGUCCUGCUAGCUUUCUUGCUCACCUGGAUUGCCUCAGUCAAUCUAAGCUUUAAUACUUGUUCUACUUCUUUCCAAUUAUUGAGAUGUCAUAUGACAAUAUGCAUUUCAGUCUCUUAGGGUAGCCAAUGUUGUGUUAUGUCACCUUGUGGUUCCAUUCUUAAAUUACAUAUCCGUUUUUAUAAAGGAUUUAUCUCUACAGUU